AAAGAAGUUUGGCUACCUUCCUGACGGCGGCCAUAAUAGUCUCCAUGUUCAUCAUCAACGACAACUAAGAAAAGAUGCAAUAAGAUUAUAUCAGACGAUGAACGGGUUAAAAGUUACAGGAAAGAUAAACAGACAGACGUCUAGAAUCAUGUCUAAACCAAGAUGUGGUAACUCGGAUAUAGGACAACCACAUACACCAAAUGGCAACAGACAAAAACGGGACACGAGCGAAACAUUUGAAACGACUCUAAAUGGAAAUAAAUGGAAAAGUAGAAGACUAACAUGGCGACUCUCCCAGUACUCUAAUAAAAUAUACUGGCAAGAUCAACAAAAUAUUUUGGAUAAGAUAUUCAGCAUGUGGUCAGUACCGUCGCCAUUACAGAUACAUCAUACUAGUAAUACACCAGAUAUAGAUAUUUCAUUCGCCAGGUGGAUUCAUGGUGAUGGUAAUUAUAAUGCAUUUGAUGGAAAAGGAAGAAUGUUGGCCCAUGCCUAUGGACCAGGGUAUGGUCCCCUGGCAGGUGACAUCCAUUUUGAUAAUGAUGAGGAGUGGGCUACUAAAAAGAACCUAAGAAAAGAACACGCAAAAGAUUUUUUUCCUAUUGCUCUUCACGAAGCAGGACAUAGUCUUGGUCUACCCCAUUCUACGAGUAAACACGCCGUUAUGUAUCCGAUAUAUAAAGGUUUCGAACCAGAUCUUACUUUAGAUGUUGAUGACGUAAAUAAAUUACAAUCUAUAUACGGUUCCAAUCCUAAUUUCGUUCUGAGACAAACGAAGAAAAAAGAGGAAUUUGAUGAAAUAGAAGAAAGUAUGAACAAUAAACCAGCUAUUUGUAGAUUAAAUAUAAAAGAUGUAUUCUACGAUAGUGGUUAUCCUGUACCAACAAGAAGAUUAUUACAAAAAGCACCCUACAAUCCCCAAGCUGUUGUUUACCUACAAGAAUAUAACAGAUUGUAUAUCUUUAAAGGGUAUAUAAUCUGGCGAUAUACAAAUAUGAAACUUGACACUGGUUAUCCGAAGAAGAUUGACAGUAUUUUUCCCGAACCUCCAGUAGCUGCUGUUAAUAUAUAUGAUAGACGUGGAAGAAGUAGAGUGUUUUUAUUUGGGAGAAAGUAUUUUUGGGGUUGGAAUUAUGUAACAGAACUUAUAACCGGGUCUACCAUGCUGAUUAACUCUUUCUGGAGAGACUUUCCAGAUGAUAUUGAUGCUGCGGUGAGAUGGAAAGAUGGAAUGAUUUAUGCCUUUAAAGGACAAAAGUAUUACAAAGUUUCUGAACACAGUCGAACAGUUUUACCCGGCUAUCCCAAAUAUUUUGGCCCGUCGUGGAUUGGUGGACCGUGUGGCACCAGUGAUAAAUGA